AUGGUCGCGCUCCCUCUAUUCAAACUAGGAUCCCUCUUCGUGAGGCACAUCUCUAAGUAUGGUGCAAAUUGGAUUAAGAGGCAGGCUCAUGAGCACGAAAGAUUCCGAGCGGUAGCGGCUAGAGGAGGACAAGCACUGCAUCAAUGGAACAUGCGAAUACAAGUGAACCUCCUACGGGACAAACAAGCCGAAAAAAGAGCCAGAGAAAAAGCGGAAACUCCCACUGUGAAAACUGAAGAGCAAAGUAAAGCGGAAGAGGCUGCAAAAAAGGCACAUCAUUACAGUCAAGAAAACAUUAGUGUUUGGAGACGGAAAUUCAGACCUUUGAAUGAGACGAAAGCCGUUGAUCUUUUCGCUGACGUUAUUGGCGAUACCUUCAUUCUGUCUGUCGCUAUAAGCUUGUUAAUGUACGAGUAUAUAAGGACUCAGUCGAAACCCGAUUCGAAUGCAGAAAAGCUGGCAGAACUACAGAAGCUCGAAGAAGAGUUAAACCUACGGCAGAAAGAGUUAGAAGAAGCACAGAAAAGGCAACAGGAGCGGGUAGAAGCUCUAGAACAACUUUUGGAGGAAAUUCGAAGUGUAAAUGGAAAGAAAAGGCUGGCAUGGAGAUCUUGA